UUUUAUCAGACCCCUCCCCUCCAUUUAGUCCGUCUUCCUUCUCUCUGCACUCUUGUUCAGCAUAACAGAGCACCGUCUCAAGAAAACGAAGCAUCAAGCGAAAUAGCAAAGCAAGACGUAAUAGAAAAAAGGAAAGACCAACACAGCAAACCCAGAGCUUAGAGUUCCGUUUUGUUUGCCUUUCCGGCGGUGGGAUUCCGGUAUAGUCCCACCACCGCGGCGGACCACUGAUUUAGGCGUGAAAGGGGUGAUUAAGAACACCAGAACGGAGAGAAACCGGAGCUGUGUAGGGAUGGAGAAAGCAGACGUCUGAGUAGGUCAAGGUCAGGCAGCAUUGUGCAAAACCCACAUUUGUAGAUUGGAAGGAAGGCAGAGAAAAAUUAGGUAUCUGCACAACGAACUUGCUGUGGCUCUUCCUUGUAUAAACUAGUAACAGAUACUCUCCUCUUUCUGUUUUGCAAAGCUCAUUCAGCAUUUUCCCUACUUUCUCGUUUCUUCUUCUUCCUCUGCAGGGCCGAGCACCGCCGAUCAGUAGAUAUAGGAGCUCGAGAGCUGAAAAGUUCAUUAUGGCGGCGAUAGCCCAGCGGAAGAUUUGUGAGAUAUGUGGCGGUGUUGAUGAUAAAGAUGAGCUGAUCUAUACUUGUAUCAAAUGCGGAGUAACAACUGAGCAUAUAUACUGCAUGCGAACUAGGACCGAGGAUCCCGAUUGGGUUUGUGAAGAGUGUAAUGCUAAGGCACCUGAAUCUACAAAAGGGGUCUUUCAGGAACCUACAACUCUGUCCUUCCAUAACAAAGUGAUACCUGGAGGUCCUUCCAGAAGACAUUACCCCUUUAAGAGGCAAGUAAGGCCUGGAAAAGUUAAACAUAUAUCUGAAGAAGAGGUGAUUAAACUAAUGUCAGGUGCUGAGUAUGUGCGGACUACAAAAGCCAAUAUCACCCAGAGACCUAGUUCAAUGGCACAGAAAUUUCCCGUUAUUUCUUUUAAAGCAAACCCGAGAAUCCCUUCUGGUUCUGCGAAGAAUGCUGCUUAUGGCGGAAGAAAUUUUUGCUCAACUUUCACCCCUUCAGUACCCAGGAGAUCAGAAGAAAAGAGGGCCAAAGGUUUUGAUAGCAGUGCGGAAAAAGUGAAGAAAACACUUUGGACAUCUUCAAAAAAACAAGUUGAAGAGCAGAAACGGUUCAAUAAAGACGGUAACCAUUCUGCUUCUUUGGAAACUAUGAAUAUGGAUGUUCUCGAAAUGAAGACUCUUGUCCAAAGGCUUAGGUCUUAUGAACCUUACUUACCUGCUAAGCAUGCUACUUGGAAGGGAAGUUUUAAGAUUCUUGACAAUCAGAAGGAAACCCAAGUCCACCUAUCAACCAGGGUAUACAAAGCCCAUGGGCUUUCAUUGGAGCUGCCAGCGCAAUUUCAGCAAUUCCAAGCUCAGCCUGCAACGAGGGUAUGCCUAGACGCUUAUGAGCUUUCGCUGAAGAUGCCAGCUGAACUUCAGGUUAAGUUGCUUCCACGAUCUGAAUUUUGGACGCCCUUGUUUGGUAAUGAUCCUCCUGACCUACGGGAUAUAGCAUUCUACAUUUUCCCUGCUGCUGAAGCUGAGAGAUCAGUAGAGAACCAUACUAAGUUGCUUGAAUGUAUGGAAGCACAAGACCUUGUGAUGAGAACUGAUGUUGAAGGUGUUGAGCUGUUGAUAUUUUUGUCUAAACAACUAGAUACCAACAUGCAAGAUAUCAUCGCUUGGUGGGACAUGAAACAGUUCUUAUGGGGCGUGUUUAGUCCAGCGGAUGCUGAAGUUCAGGUAUUACCACCUCGAGUUCAUAUUCCUGUUCCUGAAUAUAGUGAUCAACCAGAUUGUGGUAUUUCCAACCUAGACAAGGAUGAUGACGCGGAUAGCAUGAUGGAGAUAGAUAUGGAAGGAGGAAAGGAAGUGGGACGACCCGAUAUUGUUGUCCGGAGAAAAGAUCAUUAUCCCAGAACAAUUCCACAGUUCAAUGGUGAAGUUGCUGUUGCUGACAUGAAUGCUUCUAAACUUUCAAUCCACACAACCACUAGUCCUUGCAUCAACAUGCAAGCGGGAAGUAAGAAAUGCAAAAUUGAGAGUUUGGAGGGCACCCUUGUGGAGAAAUCUGCUCAUUAUCAAUUGGGUCAACAUCUGUCUGAUGUCAAAGUAGAAUGCGAUGAUCAGGAAGAGGAGGUCAACAGCAGCAUACUAUGGACCCCACCCCCAGCAGAUUGGGUGAAGUUGAAUGUGGCAGUGGCUACUUCUUUCUCGGGAGGAGCUACAACAGCAGUAGCAGCAGGAAUCAUACGUGACAGUGCUGCCAAUUGGCAAAUUGGGUACACUCUCAAGUUGGGAACCACUACUACUCACUGUAGCAACAGUUUGAAAGCCGAGUUGAAGGCAUUACUUGAGGGGUUGAAGCUUGCUUGGGGCAGAGGGUUUACGAAAGUUGUGGUGGAGCUUGAGUCUAAGACAGCAUUGGAGUGUCUGACGAACAAACAAACUACUGCUGCUAGUAGUACUACUACUUCUCCACAUGAUCUAACGGAAGCUGAGCUUACCAGCAUGUGCAAGGAGAGGAUAAUGCGUAAAUGGGAUUGCAAGCUGCAGCUAGUGAGUGUGGAAGGGAAUUCCAGUGCUCAAAUGUUGGCACACACUUCUUUUCUUGGCAAAACCUCGGAAUUGAAUGUGAUGGAGAACCCUCCCCGGGACCUGCACCUCUUCCUGGAAAUUGAUGGUAUGAAGCUAUGAUGAGUACUCUGAUUUGACUUUGUAGACACAGCCUCUGAUAAAAAUGUGGAGUAUAAAGAUUAGACGAAAGGAGUACAGAAGAAGAAAAAGAUAGAUUGGAAAUUGUAAAGGAAGAAGAUUAUUAGCAUAGUCUGGUAUAUGACUGCAAUAGCUAACCCAACUUGGUAGGAAGAAAUGAUAAUGUGUAAGAACAAGCAAAUGGUUCUAGUAAAGAAAACGUUUAUACAUGG